GGCAGUUCUUUCUCUGCUACACCCUUUGUUCACUGCUAUGCCGUGCCUCUACAAUGUCAUACUGUACAAAGAUUAGUGUCUGCUCUCCUGUAGAGGUGCACAUGAGCUGCGGCUCGAAAGCUUCGAUCGCUGCCGAUUCACCGUGCGGGAAUACAGUGCAGAGACGCGGAUGCUGCACCUGCUGGAAGUACAGUAUCAUUGCUCGUCAGACAGCAUCCAAUGCUGCAUCCGGGCAAUCCUCCGCACUGCAGCAUGCACCUAUCUCCAUUUGUGAUCUCCAAAGUACCAGCACUCUGUCCACUGCACUCGCGGUUGCAGCUCAUCUGAUAUACUUGCCGUCCUCUGCGCGAAAUGGAGCAGCGAGGAAGACGGUCGAAAUGAAUUGUUAGCGCGCGACGGUGGCCACGAUCCACAGCUCGCUAGCCUCGCUUUCUACUAUGCCAACGCCCCUCUGGUUCGUUUUGUCCACAUGGCCAGCCGAACAGGACGCGCUCUAUUCCGUUAGCAGCGGAUACAACAAGCUACUGCUGCUAGCAGACUCCAUUUUACCUGGAGUGGCUAUUUGGAUAAUAAUCGCCGCGCGACUAGGUACAAUCGGACGAGCCGUUCAGCUUCGUGUUUUCUAUCAGGC